AGUUUCUGGGCAUGUUUGACUCACAGGACUGGAGAAUUUCGCCCGGCAGGUUUUAGGACUGACACAAAGGAGUUUCCAGGGCGAAGGGUCUCUAUUAAUGAAUGGAUACUGCUUGUUUUACCACAGCGCAGCGUUUUUCCUGUAAAAUGAUGAAUCCGGAUUUGUUCAAGCCGUCCCCGGACCGUCCUCAAGCGGCUCAGCCAGCCGCCAAACCGAACCGGAGUAAAACCGAACACGUUAAGCCGGAGCUCGCGCAGGUGGUGGUGGACGCGAAGACCGGAAGAUCGUACAGUAAAGGAAAGCUUUUGGGAAAGGGUGGGUUUGCACGAUGUUAUGAAAUGACGGACCUUGCCAGCAACAAGAUGUAUGCAGUCAAGGUUAUCCCACAAAGCAGAGUUUCAAAGCCACACCAGAGAGAGAAGAUCAUUAAUGAAAUCGAGCUUCACAAGAGCCUCCAUCAUAAGCACGUAGUGAAGUUUUCUCAUCAUUUUGAGGACCAAGACAACAUUUAUAUCUUCCUUGAACUUUGCAGCAGAAAGUCUUUGGCGCACAUCUGGAAAGCCAGACAUACGUUGACAGACCCCGAAGUGCGUUACUACCUCAAACAGAUUAUAUCCGCUCUCAAAUACCUCCACAACAAAGGCAUCCUCCACAGAGACCUCAAACUAGGUAACUUUUUCGUGAAUGAAAAUAUGGAUUUAAGAUUAGGAGACUUUGGGCUGGCAGCGAAGUUGGAAACCGUUGAGCAGAGAAAAAAGACCAUCUGUGGUACUCCAAACUACUUGGCACCAGAGGUCUUAAACAGACAAGGUCAUGGGACCGAGUCAGAUGUUUGGUCACUAGGUUGCGUAAUGUACACGCUGCUUUGUGGAAAUCCGCCUUUUGAAACCUUAGACUUGAAAGAGACCUACAAAUGUAUUAAAGAAGUGAAAUACACCCUUCCUCAGUCUCUCACUCCAGCUGCACAGAAGCUGAUCUCUGCUGUCCUACAGAAAAACCCAAGCGAUCGACUCACGCUGGAUCAGAUACUGGCACACGAGUAUUUCACAAAGGGCUACACUCCAGAAAAACUCCCUCCGAGCAGCUGCGUGAUGGCACCUGAAUUGAACCCGCCCAGCCCUGCCAAGAAAUUCUUCACCAAGAUGGCGAAGAGCCUCUUUGGCAAGAAGAAAUCUAAAGUGGUUGAGAAGACCCCAUGUGAGGAGAAAGAUGACAUCUCAAAACUGGUGUCGGGCAUGGUCAAGCACUCCAUCGGUCGACAGAUGAGCUACAAGACUAUGGGUGUGAAUGAGGCCACAUCCCCAACGGUUCAACUUGCAAGCUCCGGUCCUCAGGACACCCCAGCCGAGGAGGAGUCUAGGAAAUCUGCAUCCCGUUCUUUUAAAGGCACCGUCGCCAGCAGCACUGAUGCUUCCGAUGAUAUCCCAACCCCUGCUGUCGUCGCCGAGUCUGCCAUGAAGGUUCUCAACAACUGCUUGUCUUCCAUGCCGACAGCUUCAAGAAACCCACCGUGUCUCUCUAAACCCAAGCCUUUCGUCUGGGUAACCAAGUGGGUGGACUACUCCAACAAAUACGGCUUCGGUUACCAACUCUCUAAUCAAAAUGUCGGCGUCCUCUUCAACGAAGGCACUCACCUGAGCUUGUGUGACCAACGCAGAACUGUACGUUACUGUUUGACAAACAACAAGCACUUCACCUUCCCGGCUGAGGCGUUGCCAGAGAAGCUCCAGAGUCAAAAACACAUUGUGGAUUUGAUGGCUAACUACAUGGAGCAGAACUUGAUGGAGGGUGGAGACAUCAACUGUGAUGACCAGCCACCUCCAAGCUCAUCUCCAUUAUUGCUGCAGUGGAUUAAGACUGAUCACGCCUUAGUCAUGCUCUUUGACAACCGAACCCUACAGGUGAACUUUUACACGGAUCACACAAAGGUCAUCUUAAGCAAGAACUCGGACUCGUCAUACCUGCUGACGUUUAUUAGCAAGGAUCGCACCUCUUAUUCUUAUCCUCUGAGCGUGCUGUCCGAAUGGGGCUGCUCCUCUGAGCUUCGCCAGCGGCUUCAUUAUGUGGUACAGCUUCUUCAGCACUACACCAACGCGUAACGGACUUUACGAACCUGUGGAACCGGCGUUCCGCUUCGUAUUUGCUGCUUAACGCUUCAUUUUCAGAAGCAAAAAAAAGACUAAACGAAAUUAGGGGAAAAGCUUCCACAUUGCCACGAAGAUCUCCUGUCCUUGGCCCUCAGCUGGCCUCUUUGAACUAUGGUGCACUAUUUUGAUUUCCGUUUCUUUGAUUUCGCAACUGAGCCCACACCGACAGUAUCACACUACCAGCUUGACUCACAGUGUGCACGACCAAAAUCCGAGCCUGUUAUUUUUCGUUUUUAGCUGGACUGAAGUGCAGAUGGCAUAAAACUCACCGGGUUCUUAAGCGACCGGCUUUGCUCAAGUGUCCGAACACUUGCAAGACGGUCUUGGCUUUUAUGCUCGAUCACUUGGCUUUUUUAAGAAGACAUUUUAUUUCACUAAGUAGCACACAGAGCUACGAACACCAAAUGGUUAUUCUUUUAAAAAGUUUUAAAGAUGGCAGAGGUGAAUGGCUGAGGUCGGCUAUCGGACGAACUGCAGUUCAUGGAGGAGUGACUAAAGUGCCUUUCCGAUGGAUUCCUCUGUGCAAUAACGGGCCCUUCUGGAUCUCGAGCUGAAGUCACGAAGGGAACGAGAGGGGCUGAAGAAAUCGGUUCGAAUUUGAUUUGGACAGGAGUGUGGGAAGGAAAAAACACUACAAAUACACACCCGAUAUAAGCUUUUUGCUCUUAAAAAAGUGAUUAUAUCCUUAAUGUCUGUACUUGAGGAAAAAGACUAUGUAUUCAGUGUGCCUCCAGCUUUGUUUACUUUACAAGCUCCAUCAUAAGUAACCAUAAUGUCCUCGAAACUGUGACCUGGCUGUAAGUGUUAAAUAAGUGUUCAAAAUACCAACAUUGUGAAAGCCAUUACCCUCUCAGACAAAUCCUUACUAGUAUUAUCUAAUUAAUUGUGGCACGUGUUCUAUUUAUUUUUUUAUUUAUAGUUUUUUAUUUAUUGAUGUAACAUAAUUGUACGGUGUCAACACUGGGAAAUGUUCAGUAUGAUCACUUUUUAUGUAUUGGGAGAGUGGGAGGAAUAAAGUUUAUUGAAAAUAUAA